UUUAUUGCUGCCACUAGAGGUGGAUGCAAAAACAACAAAAAAAGAAAAGUUGGGAGUGUGGGAUGGACUCAGAGGGCAACUCGCCCCGGUACGCGCUCACUCUCUGGUGGGGGGAGAAGGAAAGAAGAGAAAUGCGCACGGGGACCAUGAGUGGAGAGCUCACUUUGUGACACAGUUUCAUCCUCUUGGAAGUGCGGGGUGAUCCCUCGACUCGCUAUGGGCGUACCUCCGUUUUUUUUUUUCAUCACAGAGGAGUAAGGUGAGGGACGGGGUCAUUACUCCAUAAAUACUUGAUGUGGCACAGUCUGUGGAUGGAGCCUGGAGAAGUGGGAGCUGGAGGAACCGUGCGCACUGGACUUUCCUGCAGGCUGAUCCCUAACUUUAAAAAGUGUUGACUGGUAAAAACAAAAACAAAAAAACAUCCUGUGAAACUUUAUGCCUCUGGCUAACAUGGAGACUCUAUGAUCGCUUCCGAGUUGCUUUAUUUUCCUUUGAGAGUUGCGAUGUAGUUCAACUUCACGCCCAAAGUCAGUCCAAAGAUGACAGCGCUAACGCCUCUGAACCGCGCCGUGCUCGGACUCGCGUGGAGCUGCCUGAGCUUUCUCUCCUGCGCGCACUGCGGCUUGACUGACAACCAUGUGCACUCGAGCUUUAUUUACAGGCGGUUGCGCAAUCACGAGCGCAGGGAGAUCCAGCGAGAGAUCCUCUCCAUCCUGGGCCUGCCCCACCGUCCGAGGCCCUUCUCUCCCGGGAAGCAGGCGUCCUCCGCGCCGCUCUUCAUGAUCGACCUGUACAACGCCAUGGCCGUGGAAGAGGAGGAGAGCGCGCUCCAGCAGCUGCAGCAGCAGCAGCAGGGCGCGGGGAAGAGCGUCAGUGCCAAGGCUCAAGGGCACUCCAGGAGGGGGUACUACAGCCCGCAGCAUGCCGGGUACUCCCGCGUGGCACAGCCCUACCGAGCGGCCCCUCUGCUGGGCCACAGCCGCGCGCUCACCACGGCGCACGACACCAACUUUCUCAAUGACGCAGACAUGGUCAUGAGUUUUGUCAAUUUAGUGGAGAAAGAUAAAGAUUUUUCUCAUCAGCGAAGGCACUACAAGGAGUUCCGUUUCGAUCUGACUCAGAUCCCAGACGGAGAGGCCGUGACGGCAGCAGAGUUUCGGAUCUACAAGGACCGCAGUCACGCACGUUACGACAAUAUCACUCUGAAGGUUACCGUGUAUCAAGUCAUCAAGGAGGUCCCGAACAAAGAUGCAGAGACGUUCCUGCUCGACUCCAGAAAGGUCCAGGGGUCCGACGGCGGCUGGCUGGUGUUCGACCUCACGGCCACCAGCAACCACUGGGUGAUGAACCCGCAGCAGAACCUGGGCCUGCAGCUCUGUGUGGAGACUUUCUGUUUUUCUUUCGUUUUGUUUCUUCUUUCUUAAGUUUUAUUUACCUGCUGAUUUUUCAAAGGACGGAGUAUCAACAUCAAAUCUGCUGGAAUCAUUGGGAGAAAUGGGCCCCAGUCCAAGCAGCCGUUCCUGGUUGCUUUCUUUAAGGCCAGCGGGGUGUUGCUUCGCUCUGUCAGAGCUGCAGGCGGGAAAAAGAAGAGCCACAAUCGCAAUAAAUCAACCAAUCAGCAAGAAUCAUCUCGGGCCCCGAAAACUGGAGAUUUCAACACCAGCGAGCAGAAGCAAGCCUGUAAGAAGCAUGAGCUCUACGUCAGCUUUCGAGAUCUGGGCUGGCAGGACUGGAUCAUUGCACCGGAGGGCUACGCCGCUUUUUACUGUGACGGCGAAUGCUCGUUUCCACUCAACGCACACAUGAACGCAACAAAUCACGCAAUCGUGCAAACCCUGGUUCAUUUAAUGUUUCCUGACAACGUGCCAAAACCGUGUUGUGCCCCGACCAAGCUCAACGCAAUCUCAGUUCUUUACUUUGACGACAGCUCCAACGUCAUCCUCAAGAAAUAUAGAAAUAUGGUCGUUAGGUCUUGUGGUUGCCAUUAGCGAACGGUGACACUCACUUUAAUUUAUGUAAUCUGGGAUGGGAAUCGCUGGAAAAAAACACCCCUGCUGCAGGUGUCAUGUGAUGUACAGUUUAAUGUAUAUAACGUUUUACUACCUAAUUUAUUUUCUUUUUUAAAAAAUAGCACUGAAUAUUGUCAUAUUUCAAUGAUUAGGACAAAAUGAUUUUACUUCUACGCCAGUUAUCUUAUAACUUUUGUGUCCGUCGGCAUGUACUCUCUCUUAGUUACGUCUGUAUGAUGCGUUUAGGAGUAAAUUAUUCACUGGAGUCAUUAUAAUACAUGAGGUCGAUUACCCUUCUGCUUGUUUUGCCAUUUUACUGAAUAAAAUGUGCUGUGGAUGCACAUUGAGGAUAUCUAGAAUCACACUUUGAGAUAUGAUGUUUUUUUUCUUCGGUGCUCAUUUAUUAUUUGUUUACUUAAUGGACCAACAAUUACAAAUGACGAUUGCAGAGUGAAUACGUCAAAAUGCGGCAUUAGGCCUUGAGGUACGCUGGUGACCAGGUUGCUCCUGCCGCUCUCCCAUGGUCAGCUGGGAUUGGCUCCAGCUCCCGCUGCGACCCUCCGUGAAUAAACAUUGUAGAAAAUGGAUUGAUGGGUGGAAAAUGCUGCUAAAAAUUCAUUUGAUAAACAAGUUUGACCUCAGGGUUUCUCCUAUCGCUUUAACGUCACAACUUGAACGGGCUGUUGGAAAUAUUUGAAAUCAAAUUGGAUCAGUGGAAAACGGAAAACAGUGAGUUUUCACUAACAUAAACCAAACUGCCCAAAGCUAUUCUCAAGCUGUCACCGUCUUUCAGCACUGAUACUGUUUCACCGUUUCCACCUCAGCUUUUCUUUUUCUUUUUUUCUCGUUUCGUUCUCAGAAGGGGAUUUCGUCGGCCCGGAAUGAAAAAUGCUCUGUGAAUGCUCUACAAUUUAUUUUCAUCUUUUACACAACCGUAAUGUAAAUCUCUUCCUUAAACACUGUUUCUCGUUUCCUCUGCCGGAUCCACGCUGCAGAACGCUGCACGCUAAAUCUAGUUUGUGUUUGGGGAAGCUAUAUCUCAAUGUAGAGUGAUGUGUAU